AAAUAUCCGAUGUUUGUGUGUAUCUCUCACGCGUCUUUCUUUAGUAAUGAAUUUUUGUUUUGGCCUAGUUGGAAUCUUCGUAAUCCUUGAUGUGGUUUCCGUUUGGUCCACAGUUUCACGCCUGUCAUUAGAGGAUUUGCUAUCCCUUAAGAUGAAGCCAGUGACACCAAUAUCAGAACUUAAGUGCGAGGAAUAUAUAGGCGAAAUUGCGGGUACGUCUUUUAUAACGUUUCUGACCGCUUCAUCAGAUGUGCGCAAAGUGAUUCAUACCUGUUGGAAUACGAAUCGUUUGGUUGUUGGUGGUACCGAGGCGCGAGUCAACGAGUUUCCUCACAUGGUCGCCCUGGGGAAACGCAAUGCCAACGAAUUUGUCUUUCUGUGCGGUGGCACGCUAAUUUCACAUAAUUGGGUGAUUUCCGCUGCGCAUUGCAGCCAUGGAGCAGGCGGCGGUGUAACUGACGCAAGGAUAGGUUUCCAUAGGUUGACAGAUCAGAAAGGCAUCAUGAGUGCCAUUAAAGAUAUAAUAACUCAUCCGGAUUACAAACCACCUGCGGUGUAUGCGGACAUUGCUCUGGUACAACUCAUGACUCCCGUUACUUUUAGCACAUCUGUACGACCCGCGUGUCUUUAUCAACCUUUCGACACCGUGCCCGCACAGGCUUGGGUGAGCGGCUGGGGUCAUACCGAAUAUAACGGAGAGAUGAGCGAUCGAUUACAGAAGGCUAAGGUGGAUCUGGUAGACAAUCUGUCGUGUACAGUACGGUAUAAUAAUUCCACAGAAAUUCCGUACGGUAUCACACCAAGUAUGAUUUGUGCUGGCGGCAUUAUAGACACUUGUCAAGGAGAUUCUGGUGGUCCUCUACAAAUAAUCCAUCCUAAGAGCGAAUGCCUCUUCCAACUGAUUGGUAUUACCAGUUUUGGUGACGGUUGCGGGAUGAUCAACAUACCCGGUGUUUAUACUAGAGUGUCCCAUUACCUUCCGUGGAUCGAAAAUAUUGUUUGGUCACAAAAAUAAAAAUCGUAAUUUAUUCAAUAUUCCCGAACAGCACAAAAAA